GUUUACAAUGGCCAACUGAAGGAAGGAGUGAGACCUACCUGAGAUCUGACCAACUGUAGCGAUUAAUACCAUCCUGUUCGCACUCAUCUUUAAUAUUUGAGAGAAUAUCUCUCACAGAUUUCAUAUAUAACACAUGGAGAAAAAAUGAGCAUUCCCAAUUCAUCUUGUGGGGUAAGGAAAGGUGGUGCCAUUAUGGAGGGUUCUUGUGAGUCACCGAUCGAAGAGGAUGCCGAGAAGGCCACUUGCACCGUGCGCUUGAGUCAGCCCUUGGAAGAUCUAGAGGAGCGACUGAGUACAAGUGUGGGCACGAGCCAAGAAGCCGGCCAGGGUAGUCAGCCCAACAGUCUGGCGUACUCUGGUGACAAUGAGGAGGAGUAUCUUCGUGCUACCUGGCAGCGUUUAGGGGUGGGUCACGAUGGUUUCCUAUCCCUGGAUGAGCUCGCUACAGUCUGUCAUGCAAUCGGAAUGGAGAAAGUCGCAAAUGAGGUUUUGGAACAGCUGUUUAGCCGACUAGAUGUUGAUGGUGAUGGGAGGAUCAGCUUUGAGGAGUUUGUCCACAUGUUCCAGAAUGGAGGACCAAGUGGAAACAAUUCUUUAGUUCUUGAUGAAUCUCUGCAUCAGGAAGUGCCGGGCACCCCACUCAGUAGAAUGAGCUCAGUUAGUGAUGAACGUAGAGGCAUAGCGGCAACGGAAUUCAGUGUGUUUUCAUCUAUUGAUCCAGACAGCACUGGGUACACCACUGUGGACAACAUACUAGAGCUGUGGGAGUCCCUCAACAUCAAUAACGGGGUGAGCAUACUGCGGGAGAUGGGCUUCCCUCACCGGUCCCGCGAGCGACUCUCCCUCUGUGACCUGUCCGUGGCUCUAGAGGAGGAGUGUCAGAUCACCGAGGACCAAGGCUCAAGCAACGCCUCCGUCUCCACCCUGCAGAUGUGUGUCCUCACUUACCUCCACGACAUAAAGUUCCUCAGGCUCUCUCUGGACUCUGCUCGUGGUGAGAGGAACAAGCUCAGGUUUGAUCUGAACGAAGCCAAUCAGAGGCUGGCCUUGUUGGCUCAGGAGCUGGACGAACACAAUGCUCACAUGGAGGCAUCAUCUCAGUACCAGAUACAGGAGUUGGAGAGACAAUACCGGGAUCAGCUGCGAGAGUUACAAGAGGCGGUGACCCACGAGAGGGACUCGGCCCGGGAACAGGUGUCUGCCGUGACGAGAGAGAUGCAGACACACAACAGUCAGCUGCUACAAGAAGAAUCCAAGUUGAAGACUAAGUUGUCCUCACUCUACGCUGAUGUGAAACGUUUGGAAGUUGAAAACUUGGAGCUGAGUGAGAAGAUGAGGGAGGCAGAACGACAGCUGUCUCAGAUGGAGAAGCAGGUGGCGGACAUGCAGACACUCAAGAACAAGGUGGCAGAGUAUGAGUCCAUGAGUCCAAGAGAGGAAGAAUACCGCAGGCUGCUGGAACGCCUCGAGCACGUCACAGCAGAGAACCAACACCUCCGAGACAACAACGAUGAACUGCUCUCUCAGAUAGACUCCUUCCCUAUUCGUCAGAUCACUAUGAGAAGCAGUGACAAGGACAACAGCUUGGAUGGUUCUUGUCUCGGGGAUUAUGUGGACCAGCCAAUGGGUCUUCUGGCACCAGUGAAGCGUCGAGGGUCAAACAGUGGCUCGGGCGAUGACAGUUGUGAGGAAGAGAGUCCACGAGGCAGUAAAGUACGGCGCUGCAGCAAGGGGGUCAAUGUUCACUAUGUUGAUGUUGGAUCAUAUGAUGAAUCCUUCUUCGACUCCAGCAUGAGCAGCCUCCUCAAGAGCUCACCAGCCCCAUCCACUCAGCCUCUCAACUCUUCCCAGCCAACUUCCCUUGAUGAAUUGGCAAUCAAGGUUCCUCGGAGAAGUUCUAGUGACAGUGAUGCCGGUGAAACUAAUGCUAUAAAAGAAACAUUUGGUAUGGGCAUUAAGAGUGCCUCACAGCUAGUGAACAAGGAGCUGAAGCAGGUCUUCAAGCAAGUUCGAGCAAGUGUAAAAGAAGAAUAUAAAAACGACCUGGGUGAGGAUUCAGAUUCUCAGAGACAGGAUGAGAGAGUUAAGAACAAGAGUGAUGGAGGCAGUGAGCAGUUAGAUACUCCACGUACAAAAAAAUCCAGAGAGGAGUUGGAGAAGGAACUAGUGCGGUUACGUGAGGAGAGGAACAGACUGGCCAAGGAGUUAGCAGCACAGAAACAGGAAUUUUCACACCAGCUAGAGAAGAAGGAGUUUGAGUGUGAAGCAGCUUUAGAGCAGUGUUCUGGUGCCAAGGAGCAGCUAGAGAAGACAACAACCCAGCUCAGUCAGUCUCCCCCUGAAACUUGUCAUAUAAGCUUCCUUGUCUCGUCCACCCCCGUCAAGUCGUCCCAAUCAGCACCUGCCAGCCUCAAGGAUAAGUGUUUGAGAUGCGGUGACACACAGGGUCAAUUAACCGUGGCACUGGAGGAGCUGGAGAUGGCUCUAUGCAGGGAGGAGCAGGAGCGAUUACAGCGCAUCAGUGUGGAAACUAUCCUCGCUAACAGGCAUGAUGUAGACAGCCCUGCCGAGUCCGGAGGUGCUGACUCCUCUACCGCAUAUCCAGGGUCUACGUCAGAUCUGUCUUCUGUUGCUAAACCAGUAAUCCUUCGGCCCCUGGGUACUGCAGGAGAGGGCAGAGUACGUGUGCUAGAAGAGCAGUACCGGGGUCUGGAGGGGGAGUUGGCUAGAGUAAGGGUUGAAGUGCUCAAGAUGGUUGAAGAAAGGGGCCAGUUGGGUCUGAGGACAAACCUUGAGAAGCAGAGGCAGACAGACGUUGAGAACAUGAAAAAAAACUGCCUCGCCCUAGUGGAAAAAAUACAGAAAAAGAGACGCGUUCUGACACCUAGAGUGAAGGAGGAUGUCACCGACCAACAAGAAUCUGGCACUAACUAUGAAGAGGGAGACGCAAGUGAGUCCCAGUGUAGCGAGUCUCUUGAGGCUGCCAGUGUCACCAAGGAUGACUCAGACAAACACAAGGUUCCUGAGGAGGACACUAAAGUGAACUUCAAGUAUUUGGAAGAGCAGGUGUUUGCCCUGGAAGAAGAAAUGGCUCAGGAGCGAGACAGCCUGGAGAAGCAGAGAGCCAACUUGCUAGAGAAGAACAGCAAGCUCGAGCAAGACUUAGAGAUCCUUCGUAUUGAAUUUGAUAAGAGUGAAGAUUACUGGACCCUGAAGCUACAAGAGGAGCAGGACUACUAUGAGGAAGAACGACGCUUGUAUGACGACAAAUUCUCUGCUCUGGAAAAAAAGAUCCGGGAAUAUGAGGACCUGGUGUUGUCUGGUGGCGGAGGAGGACGGGACAACUCGGAGGAAUCUGAUCGCCUGUCUACCAUUGAUGAGAGCGCUGUGUGGGAGAAGCAGGUAACGGAGUUAGAGGAAGAGGUGAGCGUCUUGAGAAAGCAGAUUGAAGACCUCAGGGAAGAAAGGUACCAUGUGGAGAGCAGCAUGGAGGCGCGAGUGUCAGAGGAGCGUAGGGUGGCUGCCCUGGAGAGUGCCAACCUUCAGGAACAAGUGAACAAUCUUUCAUCCCAGCUUCAUCAGGCUCAGCUACAAGUCACAACUGUCUUGGAGGAGUUAGACAAAGUGAGAAGAGACUCUGAGCAGCGCAUUCAAGAGUUAGCCAACCAGCAGAGGUUUCACGUGCCUGUGAGAACUCCUUUAAUGAAUGGUCAUGUGACAGAAGCUGAGGAGGGUCCCAGGCCAGGAAUCCCGGAGGACGAGAGACCAAUUUAUCAGGGCUGUGGGAGCCUAGGAGAGGAAACUAUUAACGGGUCACUACGAUCGCAGCUACGCCAGUGUCAAGGACGACUUCGCUACCUUGAAGCUGCACUGAAACAACACCACACUCACGCUCACCAAAUACUGACAGUCACAAGGGAACAACAUGCUGCUGAAGUACAGAACCUGGAGAGUAUGAUGGCAGCCACCCAGCAGAUGCUUGGUCAACACAUUGCUAAGUACAAGGACCAGUUAAGUAAAGCAAGUCGCAGUGAUUCUCUUGUUAAGGAACUGUACCUGGAAAAUGCUCAGUUAAUGAGAGCUCUGCAGAUCACGGAAAGCCGACAAAAGACAGCGGAAGAAGCCGGCCGCAGGAUGCAGGUGGCGUCGUUAGGACCACAGACCAUUUCAUAGAGGAAUAAAAAAACAAACAUUGCAAGACUAUUUAAUAUUUUUUUAUGGAUUAUUUUUUUUAUGACAAGAACAGGUGUUUGAGCCAUGAAGCUAACAGAGUGUCAUAAGUUGAAGUGUUUUAUACUGUACUGUACUUAUGGGUGCAUUUCAUUUCAAGUUUACUUUACCUUUUGUCCUGCUAUCUCAAGUUGUAUAUGAUGAAUAAGUUUGCUCUUUUUAUUACUGUAGGUUAUGUAUCUAAGCUACUGU